GUUCGAAAAGUCGCGCCGGCGGGGAGAGGACGCGGCUCCGGCGGCGGCGCGGCACGGAGAGGGGGAAGACGGUUCGUGAAGAGCGGACGGGUGGGGGCUCCCUCUGGUGGGUGUCUCGUAUCAGUCGAGCCGUGUGCCGCGUCGCGGUAGUGUCGUACUGUGGUGCACCGUUUCGCGCGUUCCGUUCGGCAGCCACGACGAUGACGUCUUCCUCGUUCCGACUAUGAGCGACGCGCGCCCAUCGCGGAGAUCACCGGGCACGUUCACCCCGCCGUCACUGCCAUUGGUCGCUUCGCAUUCGCGCGCGCGGAGCCGUUCGGGCGAGCGUCAGGGAUACCAACGGACCCCGCCGUUCGUUUCUCGACCGGACGUUCCUUCGUCCUGCGGUUCGCGUCGCCGCGUGCGUGUGUCCGCUGUGCCGCCAAGGGGGAAACUUCAACGCGUGGAAUAGCCGAGCGUGACCGUCGCGAGUGACCGCGCGAGGAAGAGGCCCGCAGGAGGAGGAGGAGGAGUCGGAGUUGUCGCGUGCGCCGGCCGGGCGCCUCUUGCUCCGUUUGGGCGAGAGUGAGCGCGCGAGUUGGAAAGGAUCCUCGCAACGGGAGUAACGUGCCGUCCACGCCGUCCGCUCGAAGAGGAACGUCGGCUCACCUCGGCGGACUUUCGCGUCUCUCGCCGGGAGUGCGCGAUUCCGCGGAUCAGCUGUUGACCUGAACGCGUGAGUAACCGACCGGAGGAUUGCUUCCCGUCGCGUGUGUGUCGUACGUGCGCGGGUGUGUGUGAGAUCUCUGAAAAUUUGGCCCUCAUCGAAUCUAUUCCCGCGCCGCGUUUGUUAACCCCUCGCCCUCCGGCCCUGCCGCCUCCGCGCGGAAGCGGAAAGGGAGACGUGUAUCUUGGCGACGAGCCGAAGAAGCGGUACAUGUCAAGCGGCGAGCGUGACCGCCGCAAACUACCUCCUCCCUCGCCCGUCGACGCCCCGCGUGUCUCAGGGUCGCCGGCGAGACGAUCCUCGUUAGUGCCGCGGCCGAUCGUGGGAGGAGAAUGUCGCUCUAGAGGCUGCGGACGCGGCCGGCAGAUCCACUUGGCGAAUCGACCGAGUCCACCGAUCCCGAGCGAUCGUCGCGCGCGCGCCUCGAUGGACCUUGCCGCGUCGUCGUCUGGAGGGCGGCCGCGCGGCACGGCAGUAGCCGCCGACGGAUAAUCGCAAUCGCCGCGGGAUCGUCGCGAAACGUGAGAGACCACGUCGGAGAGACGCGAGAGAAACAGCGGCCAGGAUGACGAUGGCGAGUAACAUCGUGGUCGAGUGGCUGCGCUCGCUCCACCUCGGCCAGUACUCGGAGUCGUUCAUCGACAACGGCUACGACGACCUCGAGAUCUGCAAGCAGAUCGGCGACCCGGACCUCGACGCGAUCGGCGUCUUCAAUCAGAAGCACCGCGCGCGGCUUCUGCAGUCGGUCAAGACCCUGCGCGAGGAGGGCGCCGCGAGCGUGUACUUUACGCUCGAGGAGACGACCAACGACACCAGCUGCGACAACAUCAGCUCCAAGUCGUCGCGGACGUCGUCCGAGCGGCCGCCCAGCGACAAGGAGGCGCAGCGCGCCUCGCCCACCGCGAGCUCCUCCAGCGGCGGUCAGGAGCUGUCCAAGUUCGCGGACGAGUACGAGGAGGGCAAGGCCGAGCUGGUGAGAAUCCCCAGGAUGCAGCUGAGGAUGCUGCUGCAGGAGAAGCUCAGGCACGACGGCAUCAGGCUGGCCUGCCAACCGUACACCACGCCGGAGGGCGAGAGGGGGUAUUUGGAAGGACUCGCCUCAAGAUACGCAGAUCUCUUCAGGACGCAUUACGGGGACGUUCUUGAGCCGCUCGAGGAGCUACGCCGGCGAGAAACGAACGCUCCCGCCCGAAUGCCCAGCACGCAGCUCACCACCAGUCAUUCACAGCCCAUUUACGUGCCCGGAAAAUACUCGCCCUCGAGCUGCCUCAGCGACAAGGAGGAGGACGAAAUCUAUGGCUUCGGAUACGGGGUCUUCAGCAGGCAGAUGCUCCAACAUCGACAGCAGAAGCUCGCACUCGCCACACAAAACACGACCACCGCCGUGACACCGGGUGGACCUCAGGCAACCUAUCAAAGUUGUCUGAGCCCGAGAUCUGCGUUCUUCUACGAGUUCCCUCCUAACGAGCAAGGACAAAACACGAGCAAGAAAAAGACAACGUUUUCGAGAUUACUUCGAGGACUGAAGACGCACAGAAAAGAGAAACAAGGUCAACAAGCACAAGGCUCUCCCAGGCAUGGUCGCGCGAGGAUGGGCGUUCCUCAAAGGGUAGACACGCCUGACAGUGUUCUACAAAGCGGUUUGGGUCUCGGACCCGACAUGGGACACACGAUUCUUCGUUCGAUGGUGGAUCCUCGAGAUUACGAUCGAUUGAGGUAUCUGCAGAUGAACGGCGGUCAACCAAAUAGUUUCGAAGAAACCAUUCACAGGCUGAAAGUUCAAGAGGCGCUGCGAAAGAAAGAGCGGUUUCACAAAGAGCACGAGGAGAUACUGAGGGAUAUCCGGCAGGGUUUAAUGCAGCUAGGACGAGACGGACGGGGUCAGCUCCCUGGGGAUGACACGUACAUGUACGAUGAAGACGCGCGAUGCGGAGGUGCAGGUGGUUUAGGUCCCGGACCAGGCGGUCAUUGGUACGACGAGCCGCCUUAUGAGUCGGAUCCCGAGGACUUUCUUAUGGGGGCUAGCGGCGGUCCGGUACCUACCGCGACUAUCCAGAAUGGAAGGGUAUGUUUCACGCUGAAUAUGAGGCCGGAGACUCGGGGCGAGGGUGUGAUCUCUCUUCGAACAGCCGGCGACAUCAGCUUGCCGCGCGAUCGCUCGAGGAAAGGUGCGACAUCGACGAUGCGAGGCCUCAUCGUUCCUCAGGGUCAUAAUAAUCCGCCGACGAUUAUACCCUUAACGCAUUCAAGGGCUUCUCGUGAGAGCGGAGAUUACGCGAGUAGCGACGUGCAGAGUGUGAGCUCGAGACUGUCGACUGUGUCGGUGGACACGAGUAGGAGCGACCAGCCUCCGGUGGGCGGUCGGCCGGAGCAUCACCACGAGCACCGUCACAACCAUCGCCAUCAUCACGAACAUCACCACUCGGUCUCACCCCGACCCAAUCAGCGUCACCCCGCCGCCACUAGCACGACCGUUACCAACACCGUCACCGACGCAACGUCACCGCAAAGCAACGCGCAACGCCGCCCGGUUCCCAGAUAUAGUCGGAGUAGCGGCGAGGAGGGACUGUCGCCGAGCCAGAGUAGCGACUAUGAGGAUCAAGAAGAACUCGAGAGUCAACACUCGGCUGCCGUGCAUACAUCGGAGGCCAGCGCCCUGCUCGAGGGCGACGCCAGGGCGGGUAUCGCGGGCCGCGCGAGGAAUUUGAGGCACGACGUGCAGCGAAAGAUCUCGAGGCUGCGCCAGGAUCGCGCGUCCUCGGAGGCGUUCCCGUGCAGCGCGAGCAGCGUCGAGAGCCUGCCGAGCGGCAGCGGCUCGAGCACGCAGGCUCUGGUACGCGCCGGAAGCAAUCACAGCUCGAUAUCCUGCGAGGACAGGGAUGCCGUCAGCCCGACGUCCAUCGGCCCCGUCCUGUGUCGAGCGAGGGCACUGGUGGACUACACGCCCAGUCCGUACGACAAGGACGCGCUCAAGUUCAAGAAGGGGGACGUAAUCGAUGUGGUACAGAUGAACAAGAGCGGGCUGUGGAAGGGCGUCGUGCACAACAGGAUAGGCCACUUCAAGUUCAUAAACGUCGAGAUACUGAACGACAGGGUGCCCAGGCGGGGAGAGCCGGAACGGAGCAAGUGGGGUCAGAGAUACAGGCAGAAGCCGGGUUCCGUUCAAGAGCUCUUGCAGAGAAUGAAUCUUCAGGAACAUAUUCCAGUUUUUGUGCUGAACGGAUACGAGGAUCUGGAGCUCUUCAGGGAGUUAGAGGCGGCGGAUCUGGACUAUUUGCGUAUACAUCAACCCGAGCAUCGUGCCAAGAUACUCACCGCCGUGCAACUCCUGCACGAUCUUCAGUCGGGCAGCGAGGGUGACCUGGCCUCGAGUUCAGAGGGCGACGAGGUCAGUCGUCUGGUCUUAACCUCCGGCCAGACGUCCGGCCACUGUUCUCCGUUUAACCGACGCCAGUUCCCACGGGACUCCGGCUGCUAUGACGCGCACAAGAAUACCACCAGCCGACGGACCAUCAGCCCGGAAUCAACUACGACGUCGUCGAACCUGUCGAGGGAGAACAAUCUAGACAGCGCAACGGCUGUCACGAAGAACACCAACAGCACUGGCGCUACGGAUAGCGGUCUGACCGACGCGAAGGACGACUUUCAUCCCAAUAUACCGAUUUCCAGCGCGAUCGCGAGCCAGAAGGAAGGGCAGUUUGAGAAAUCGCCGUUACUGCGGGGCGGCAACGUGCGGUACAUCGCGAAGAGGGGCAACUUCGGCGAUACGGUGGUGAUCGAGGACGCCUGCGAGGGCGGCCAGAAACUGGGCGGCAUGGUCAAGUACAUGGUCGGUGGUACCAGCGACCUCGCUCUCGAGAGCACUGGCAACGUCACCGGCCUCAGCCAGCGCGGUUGCCUCAGCGAGAAGUCGAGCGAUUCCGGCGUCAGCUCGUCCAGCAUCAGCUCGGCACCUCCGCCCAGGGACAAGGUGCUCGCUACCGCCAGCGCCGCGUCGGACUCGCCGACCAAGAACUUCGGUACCUUCAGCAGAGCGUCACCGACUUCCCAGGGCGGUAACAAGAGUCAAAACAACGACGGGAGCUACCAAUGAAAAGAACCGCGAGAAUUCGGUAGGCCGGCGCGACUUUAGCUCCAAGGUAAGAGGUACAAAGAUAAGGGGAUCGCGCAAUUUUAACCGACAAUGGAGCGGCCUUACUUCGGAUUCAAAGGGUUACGCGAUCACGAUCGUCUUGAGGCUACGGUGCCUACGAUUCGUCCACGAGAUACACUUGGGCAGUAUCGGGAUCAAUCGACAUCCCGAACGUUUUAUAUCCAGCGGGAGACAUGUGUAAUUCCCGAAUAAGCGAUCCCGACGAGCGUACUUGGUGAUAAGGUACUUCUUCCAUUUCGGAUGACUCGCAGAGUUAAAGCAGUUGUAGCGGGAUUGCUGAUAGAUAAUAAUUGCCGCCGUGUCCGCUCGUUGCGACGAUUAACGCGCGCUCAAUCGCAUCUCGAUUUGAAAUAUCUCGCAAAGCAAUAUCUCAUUUCCUGUUAUUGUUGUUGGCAGUGUACCGAGGGUCUCACUUGAUUUCACAAUUCUUGCCGUGAGCGCGAAUCGACAUUCUAAUGUCUCUCGAUGUAGCGUCUCCCCGACAUUGAUGUCGAGGGGCAACAUUUCGUUACCCCGUGUCCUCGGACGCGCGUUGGGAAGAAGCGAGGCAAGAAUUUCUAACUAAACGCUCCCCGGAGCACAUCAAGGCGAAGUUUCUUCGCGUUUACGUCCGCGUUCGGUCCAAGCGAGAUGCACCUCGAAUAGCUCUCGGCACCUCGCAACCGCCAAGUCACAUCGCGCCUACAUAUAGCCGUGUAAUUAAUAAUAAUAAGUGAAUACUAUGUGAUACAGUAGCAAUAUAACGAACGAUUUCAAGUCGAAUAGGUAGGAAAGGGAAGGAACAAUGGCCGGCGACCGUCAUUUGCGUUGCGCGAAUCGUCGUCACGAUCCAUUACGUACAAUAAAUAAAAAGAAAGAACGAAAGAGCGGUAAAGGAAAACACACGAAUGAAGAUUCGAUAUAACGUUAUGCGUCCGUUAGUUUUGAUUUCGCGCUCGAUAUUAUCUGUCGAUUUCAUCUUCGUCUGGGACGACCUCGCGAUUAAUCACUACAAAUGCUAUAUCGUUCGCCCGACGAGCGAGUUCGUCAAAAACUGCCAGCGUUAUCGAGUUCUCGUCUCUCGUUGAACGGCGAUCUCUUAUCGUAUAUUUUGGACUCGCUUUUUGUACCGUGUUCGUCCGAUCUCGUCGCGCGUGAAAGGCCAUGCGUAAACGUGCGCGAACGAGACGGCCACGAAUCAGCCCGAGACACUCGAGACAAUUUUUCGCUUUACGGCGCGCAAGACACGUGAGGAUCCCAUCUUACGCGGUAGCAGAGAAAUGCGCGGAUUAUCACAGGAUGCCUUACGAUGCGUUUUUCACUUACUUAGCUUAUUUACGCGACUUUUCAACGAAGCCCGGCACUCGAACGUCGACCCGCGAGGAGACGCACUCCUCCUGCUUACUUUCGCACGUAUAAUUUUGUACGGAGUAGCGAGAACCACGAAGAUCCCUCCCCAUGGAACCGGCGCCGAUUACGCCGCACUCGGACUCUGCUUACAAUUGACGACCGACAAUCCCCCAUCGUCGAUGCGACCCGUCAGUUUCUUCGACACGAUGGUAAAACCUGUACAUGUGUGUAUAUUGACCACGCCACGGGAGGAAAACGUUGAAAGUUACAGAGAUUUUGUAUGUACAUAGAUAAUAUUACGCGUAGGACUUAACGAUGUUUUGUAUUGACCUUGCCCGUUUGCCAAAACUUAAGACUAUAGACUAUACAUACGCGAUAUACACAUUAUAUCGUGCCGUUGGAUCUUGUGUACAUCUCUUGUAUAGUGUAAAAUCAUAGAUGAAUUUAUGAGACGCGGGAGCGCAAUCAGAGAAAUCAGGGGCCGCGAGAACAGGUACGGGAGGAGCCGAGAAAAGCCCGAUGGAUAAUAAUAAAUCGUAAGUAAUAAUUUUAGCUGUUACGAGACGCAGCGACGGAGCGUAUUAUUAAUUAAAAUAGGAGGAGAGGGAGAAAUUAAGGUACACGAGAGGAACGCGCGCCCGCCGCGAACGAACGAUCGAAACGAUAUCGGCGGACAGCUUGCGGAGGCGAUCAGUAGUAUUAAAGAGUUAUCGCGAUGUCACGUUACGCCACAGUCGGAUAAACGCUGCAGUCACUCAUUGACAAAUUAAUUGAAAGAAAAUUCCCAAAUGGACACGAUUUCAAUCAUCCUAGACGAUCGAGAGAUAACAAUCGGCAACGUGUCGAGCAGUAGCUUCGGAAGAGCACGAGUGAAUAAACUGUAUGGUGUGAAUAUUAACGUGUGACGGGGGCCGCGGCGAUAUUUCCGACAUGAGUCAAAGCGAUCGAUAAUUGGAGAUUACGGAACCUGCCGUGACUUAAGUGUUUAUCGUAUCUAAAGUACAUUAUCGCGCAUAACAGCCCGUUGAGAAUGUUUCGCACGUACAAUUUUUACACAAAAAUAUCGACGUAACGUAGAGCGCGCUACGAUCGCACGAGGAAGCGAGUCGAAGGAGGGACAAUGAACACGCCGAUCGGCCCGGAAAUCGGGCCUGUGAUUAGACCGAACGAGUAGUCGCAAGUUGCUUCCAUCGACGUCGAGAUUGAUUAAUGCGAUUAACGCUCGAUCGCGGCCGCAGCGUGCGAUUUUCGUGUCGAGACCGAAGUUUCGCAAUAUCGAGAUUUACGUCGCGUCCCGCCCGCGCGGCGAGCUCCAUCAGCGGGCACUUUUUUUAUCGAGUUUGUGCGAUGAUCCGACGAUCCGAGAGGGAGGCGCGUACCGGGAGGACGUACCCGAUAAACGGUACGUCGAUUUCGGUGAUGUCUGCUAGUUUAUCCGUUCCAUCGAGAGUACCAACAUGUGUAGAGAAUGAGUGAAGUGGUUGUUAUUAAAGGGUGGGCUGAAACAGCGAGGAAGGAUGAGAGGGAUGAUUGAAAAUUGAGUAUGCGCGUGUGUGCGCGUGUGUCUGUGUGCGUGCGUGCGCGCGUGUGCGCAACAGUGCGUGAGGGAGAAAGAGAGAUGGGAGAGCAAAGGCGAGAGGGAAAGACGCGAUGUUAAAUUUAGUAAACGAGUUUAUGAGAGUACGAAUAGACACGAUAGUGAUUUUAUUUAGCUCGGGAGAAAAAAAAAAACGCAGCAUUUGAUGUAAAUUCAUUCUAAUCGUAGACCCAAGGCGCAGUAAUCGAAAUAGAUAAUUUAAGCGUACCUUAAGGGAGAUGCGAGUCGCUGACGAAAGGAAGGCCUACGGCGUCGCCUUGCACGACCCCCCGAGACGGCGGAGCGAUCGCUUAGAUAAAUUUAUUCGCCGAUCGAGCAAACGCCACGAAGCGCGGCGCCAAGCGCGGCGCUUAGGGUCGAAUGAAAUUAAGCGUUUACGUAGCGGUCUAGUCCAUUCUUCUCGCGUGAUUAACGAAUAUAAUGUACAUAAAGUAAUAAAGCGAUAAAGAACACAACAGAUCUAGAGAAGCGGCGAGACGCGGGCGCGAAUUAGCGCGCAUCGCCGUACCUUUUUAUAAGCUGAUUUUGUAUUUAUUGAUUAAUUGCGGAAUUUAUAGAUGGUCACACACACACACGAAUCACACAUAAUUCUCAUCGUCUCUCGGUUCUCGUAAUGAUUUCCAACGAUAAGUGUUAAUUUAUUGACUGUGAAUAGAAAUAAACGAUGGAAGAGAUUCAAACGA